UUAUUUCUCAUAAGGCGCCCUUGAGAUGAGGUCCCCCGGCCCGUCUGGGCUUCGUCAGGCUCGAUGACCGUAAACCGUCUCUUCUGAGACCUCUUCCAGUUGAAUUGUCCGAUUAAGAACGGGGCCGCUGGAACUAAAACAUUAAACUUCCACGAAAAUACCAGUUGUAAUUGAGAAAUGAGCCUCAGCCACAAUGUGGAAUGGUUUCCGUUGCCCGGUUGGGGCGGUUCCGCGGAGUCGGACGGUUGAAUUAAGAAAAAGACUUUAUCAGAAGAUGGCCACUGCACAAUUACAGAGGACUUCCAUGAGUGCAUUGGUGUUUCCCAGUAAGAUAUCAACAGAGCAGCAGUCUUUAGUGUUAGUGAAGAGGCUCCUAGCAGUGUCAGUAUCCUGCAUCACCUAUUUGAGAGGAAUAUUUCCAGAAUGUGCUUAUGGAACAAGAUAUCUAGAUGAUCUUUGUGUCAAAAUUCUGAGAGAAGAUAAAAACUGUCCAGGAUCUACACAGUUAGUAAAGUGGAUGCUAGGAUGCUAUGAUGCUUUACAAAAAAAAUACCUAAGGAUGGUUGUUCUAGCUGUAUACACCAAUCCAGAAGACCCUCAGACAAUUUCAGAAUGUUACCAAUUUAAGUUCAAGUACACUAAUAAUGGACCAAUCAUGGACUUCAUAAGUAAAAACCAAAACAGUGAUUCCAGCAUGUCAUCUGCUGAUACCAAGAAAGCAAGUAUUCUUCUCAUCCGCAAGAUUUAUAUUCUAAUGCAAAAUCUGGGACCUUUACCUAAUGAUGUUUGUUUGACCAUGAAACUUUUUUACUAUGACGAAGUUACACCCCCAGAUUACCAGCCUCCUGGUUUUAAGGAUGGUGAUUGUGAAGGAGUGAUAUUCGAAGGGGAGCCUAUGUACUUAAAUGUGGGAGAAGUUCCAACACCUUUUCACACUUUCAAAGUAAAAGUGACUACUGAAAAAGAACGAAUGGAAAAUAUUGAUUCAGCUAUUCUAUCACCAAAACAAUUAAAAACACCACUUCGGAAAAUUCUCAUGGACAAAGAUGAUCUAGAAGAUGAACAGGAGCAUUAUUUAAGUGAUGAUUUUGACAUCGAAACUAAAAUGGAAAAGCAGAAAAAAAACCCUGGAUCUUCUGAACUUGGAGAACCAAGUUUAGUUUGUGAGGAAGAUGAAAUUAUGAGGUCUAAGGAAAGUCGAGAUCUUUCAAUUUCUCAUUCUCAGGUUGAACAGUUAGUCAGUAAAACAUCUGAACUUGAGGUAUCUGAAAGCAAAACAAGAAGUGGAAAAAUCUUUCAGAAUAAAAUGGCUAAUGGAAAUCAACCAGUAAAAUCUUCUAAAGAAAAUCAGAAGAGAAAUCAACUGAUAUCUGGGAAAACAGUCCCUCAUCACUUUGAUACUUCUGGUCAAGAGCCAGUGCCAAAAAGAAGAAAGUUUAGUGAACCAAAGGAACAUAUAUGAAAAUUAAUUCUUCUGCAUGUUUGCAACUUUCUCAACAUUUAAACUAAAGGACACUGUAUUACUAUUUUAAUGUGUAUUUGCCCUACCUGUGAAAACUUAUAGGUAGUCUUAAGCAGCUAGUACACUAAACUGAAUUUUUAGGUGACUAUCAUAUUAUCUGAGACAAUCCAAGAGAACUUUUGAAUCAAACCAAAAGUACCAAUGUCAUAAUUGAUUUUGUUCAUUAUCUGUUCAAUAUUGAUCUACCAUUUUGAUGGAUACUGCCUUUAAGUGUAUAUUAACUUCUAAGUCAAUUUUAAAAGCAAAUAAUGUUUAUUUUGUUAUUAAAUUUUGAUAGGAAUUUACUUUUUACUUAUGUUAAAACUGUACCACUUAACUGGCUGUUUGUCACUGUGUCAUUAAAACCAUAUUCUUCAGUACUUUGAGUCCUGAAUAGAGUGUAUUAACCGGGUAAUAUAUAACGUACCAUUAAAAAUUGGUUAUUUUUUUAACUUGAAGAUGAAAAUGAGGACUGAUUUUUAAGGUCUGACAUUUUGGGCAGCAUAAAUAAAAUAUUG